GCUUCUACAGAUCUCCUUAUUCUCCACCCACAAGGUCAUCAUGGGAGAUCUAGAGGAAACAUUAUUUGAAGAAUUCGAGAACUAUUCCUAUACCUUGGAGGAAUAUUAUUCCCCAGAGUCUGAUUUGGAAGAGGAAGUACACCUGGGAAUUGUUCACUGGGUCUCCCUAGUGUUAUGUGGCAUAGCAUUUGUUCUGGGAAUUCCAGGCAAUGCCAUUGUCAUUUGGUUCACAGGUUUCAAGUGGAAGAAGACAGUCACCACUCUCUGGUUCCUCAAUCUGGCCAUUGCAGAUUUCAUUUUUGUUCUCUUCCUGCCCCUGUACAUCUCCUAUGUGGCCUUGAAUUUCCACUGGCCCUUUGGCAUCUGGUUAUGUAAGGCCAAUUCCUUCAUUGCUCAGUUGAACAUGUUUUCCAGUGUUUUUUUUCUGACAGUGAUCAGCCUGGACCGCUAUAUCCACUUGAUCCAUCCUGUCUUGUCUCAUCGGCAUCGAACCCUAAGGAACUCCCUGGUUGUUAUUAUAUUUGUCUGGCUCUUGGCUUCUCUAAUUGGAGGUCCUGCCCUGUACUUCCGGGAUAUUCUGGAGGUCAAUAACCAUACCCUUUGUUAUAACAAUUUCCAUGAGCAUGACCCUGACCUCACCUUGAUGAGACACCAUGUUCUGACCUGGGUGAAAUUUAUCGUUGGCUACCUCUUCCCUUUGGUCACCUUGAGUAUCUGCUACUUAUGCCUCAUCUUCAAGGUGAAGAAGCGCAGCAUUCUGAUCUCUAGUAAGCAUUUCUGGACAAUACUGUCUGUGGUCAUGGCCUUUAUGAUUUGCUGGACUCCUUACCACCUGUUUAGUAUUUGGGAGCUCACCAUUCACCACAAUAGCUAUUUCCACCAGGUGCUGCAGGCUGGAAUUCCUCUCUCUACUGGUUUGGCAUUUCUCAACAGUUGCUUGAACCCCAUCCUUUAUGUUCUAAUUAGCAAGAAGUUUCAAGUUCGAUUUCGGGCCUCCGUUGCUGAGAUACUAAAGCACACGCUGUGGGACGUCAGCUGCUCCGGCACAGUCAGUGAACAGCUCAGGAACUCUGAAACCAAGAAUCAGUCUCUCCUGGAAACAGCCCAAUGAGUUACUGCUUUCCCCAAACUCUGUGUGAGGUUUUCACGUGGGCCUUUUAGCAAACACUUCUGGGUUAAAUUUCAUUCUAAUUUACAGCUGACCAUAUUUUUGUUGUUUUUGGUCAGUUUAUUGAGCUCACAUUUUUGUAUGGAUAUAAACUGUAAGGAGGCUCUGCAGUCUAUUCCCUACAAUUUAGUGACGAAUCAUUCAGGCUGCCCUCUGGUGGCUGUUGUGAAGCUGACAAGCUAAAACUUUUCUUCGCUACUUUAGGCUGGGUCUGCUCCAGAACUACAUUUUAUUCAACAAUCUAUGCAUCUGAUUAAAGAAAUCCUUCUUAUAAAGCUUACCACAGCACAUCAAUCAUCACUAUUGAGACAGUAUUGGGUUGUUGUUUUGGUCAUCGUCUUUCUGUGUGGGUGCAUACACGUGCAAACUGUGUUUGGAGGUCAACCUCAAGUGUUGUUCCUCAGGAGCCACCCACCUUUGUUGAGACAAGGUCUUUCACUGGCCUAGAGCUCAAGUAGGCUAAGCUUGUUAGCCAGCAAGCCCCC